AUGCUGCACAAAGCCGCAGCAGCAGCAGAACAGCAACAGCUGCAACAGAUGCUACCUUUGUAUGCCUCGCCACAGCAAUGCAAGAGACAUGCUGCUCCCCCGGCAGCCCCUGCUUAUCUGGACGAUCUCACCGCCCGCCUAACGGAGCAGCUGUCGCUCUCAAGACCCCCCCAUAGAGCAGCAGACAAGGCAGCAGCAGCUCCUGCUUCUCCGGGGCCUUGCUCUGUGCCUCCCAAUGAUGCAGCGGCAGAGUCGGAAAGCCCAGAAGUCUUGGAGGAAGUCACGCGGCUCCUCGAGCCCCUUCCGAAGCUGCUGCACAACGCACUCGAACAGCAGCAGCAGCAACAGCAGCAGCAGCACAACGAAGUGGUAGUAAUGCUGCUGAAGGGGGUGCGGGGGCUGCGCCAGCUGCUGUCUGCUGCUGGAGAGAUUCCAAUAGCUGCAUGUCUUCGUGCAGGUGCCCUGCCCCUCCUUGUUGGCUGCCUCGCGCACCACAGCAAAGCACUCAUGCUGGAAGCCGCGUGGUGCCUGACGAACCUCGGAAGCGGCAGCAGCGCGGACGCUGCUGCUGUCGUCAGCUGCGGGACUUUGGGUUUCAUCUUUUGCAGCAUUUUCAGCUUCUCGCCCGAAUCUCUUGCGCUUCCCUGCAGCCCCCUGACUUCGCCGCGGGGGGCUCAGCAGCAAGCCACGGGCAGCCCCGGGGCCUCGCGGGAGGCCAGCGGCUUGCCCACAGAGGAAGAAGCCUUUGAGCAGCUGCUGUGGGCUUUGGGGAACAUCACGGGCGACAGCGCUGCGUACAGAGACAUUGUGUUGUCGCAGGAGCUGCUGCAGGAGCAUGUGCGUUCUCUGCUGCUGCAGCCGCCGCAGCAGCACGAACAGCUGCAGCGGCAGCAGGAAGCUGCGCAGCGGCACGCCAUUACUCCGCAGCUCCAGCAGCUGCUGCUGCAGCAGCUCCACCGCAUAGCGGGCUCAGCACCGCAACAGUGCACCGCGCAGCUACAAGGGCAGCCGCUGCUGCCGUCGCUGCACCAACAGGUGUUGCUGCUGCUGCAGCAUGCCAAACGCCCCCAGACAUGGCGCACUGCCGUGUGGCUCAUUUCUAACCUAUGCAGGGGAACGCCUAGGCCAGAGGCAAAGCUGCUUUCGCCGCUGGUGCCGUUGCUGCGGCACGCGCUGCAGCAGGCCUCACCGCAGCAGGUGCUGCCACCGCAGCAGCACGCCGAGCUGAUUCUGCAGCAAGAGACGCUGGCGGACGUGUGCUGGGCUAUAGAUGGCCUCGUAACGAGGCCCGAAGGGGUCUCAUUGCUGCUGCAGACGCCACCGCUGUUGCUGCACGUCGUACAUGCCCUGGCUCACAGCAGCGGGUGCUGUUGCUGCGCCGUUGAUUCUACCCCUAACGAGGGAGUAGAAGGAAACGCUGCAUCUAAUGCACGCACUUUUGAGCUGGACGUUCUGACAGGGCGGAGAAAUAGAUGCUGUCGCGUGUGUAACCCCCAACUGGCGCACCUGUUGCAGGACCCGCAGCAACAGCAGCACAUGCUGCUUCCACUACAUCCGGCGCUACGCAUUAUUGGGCAAAUUGCAGCAGGAACAGCUCGGCAUACCCAGCAACUACUGUCCAGCUGCUGUUGCAUGAGAUGUCUGGCAAGCGCAACAGCUGCUGUACACGGCUCCACCGGGAGCAGCAGCAAUGCAGGCGGUUGCCUUCCGCCUGAGGAAACCCUCAAGCCUUGCUGCUCUAGAGGAACCCCCGUAGUGCUGCGGUGUCUGCGAGCCCUGCUGAUUCGCGUUAGUCUCCCUUCUCUGUGCAGAGAGGCAUGCUGGGCCCUCAGCAACUUAGCUGUGGGCAACAGUGAACAACUGCAGCAGCUACUGCAGUGCAACAUUCCGCAGUAUGCUCUGAUGCUGCUUGAACAACCACACUUAGGUGAUGAGCUGCGCAAAGAGGCGCUGUGGCUCGUGUCCAACGCAUGCACCACUGCAGCAACGUUUCAGCAGCUGCUCGUGAUGCUUCAACAUGGCGCACUACGGCAUUUGUGGGCUCUUCUAGAGGCUGCUGCUGCUGCAGCCGACGGCAGGGCCGCAGAAGCGGCCCUCAACGCAAUAUAUAACGUUGUGUUUUUGGCAGAGGCAGCGCAACAGCAACGAUCUGGCAUGAUCUCUUGUGGUUGCUGUGGCGCUACAGCAGCAGCGGCGCAGUGCUCCUGCUGCUGCCACAAGCCGCUGCUACUGCUAUCUUCUCUAAUGCCAGGAGAUGAGGGACUAAUGCUGCUGCAGCAAGUACGCCAGCAGCAUUUAACUGAUGCAGCGGACAUAAAAAGUGACCAGCUCGCCUGCAAGCUUUUGCAUUUACGGAACACCAUCAAUCCCUCCAUGUCCAGUGGGGGAAACUGCCAACUGUUUGUCAAUUGA